AUGCUCGAAUAUCCAGAUACCGAUACAAUUCGCAUUCUAAUCACCUCAGACAAUCAUGUUGGCUACAGUGAAAACGAUCCCAUUAUUGGCGAUGAUUCCUGGAAAAGCUUUGAGGAGAUUAUGUCGAUAGCGCGAGAAAAGAACGUCGAUAUGGUCAUCCAGGGCGGUGACUUGUUUCAUGUGAAUAAGCCGUCAAAGAAAGCGUUAUACCAUGUCAUGAAUAGUUUAAGGGCAAAUUGUAUGGGUGAUAAGCCCUGCGAACUGGAGUUACUCAGUGAUGCGUCGAUGGUUUUUAAAUAUGGCGAAUUUACUGGGGUGAACUACGAGGAUCCGAACAUGAAUAUUUCUAUACCCGUUUUCGGAAUCUCAGGGAACCACGACGACUCUUCGGGCGAUGCGCUACUUAGUCCUAUGGAUAUUCUACAGGUUAGCGGUCUGAUAAACCAUUUUGGUAAAGUAAUGGAAAGUGACAACAUCGAAGUUUCUCCGCUGCUAUUUCAGAAGGGUUGUACAAAAUUGGCUUUGUAUGGGUUGGCAUCAGUCCGGGACGAGCGACUAUUCAGGACUUUCAAAGAAGGGAAAGUGAAAUUUAAUGUUCCUGCUGUGAGAGACAAGGAGUGGUUUAACAUUAUGUGUGUACAUCAAAACCAUACCGGUCAUACUAACACGGCUUUUUUGCCUGAACAGUUUUUACCAGACUUCCUCGAUCUCGUCGUCUGGGGCCAUGAACACGAGUGCAUUCCACACCUUGUAUCCAAUCCCAACAAGGGCUUCGAUGUACUACAGCCUGGUUCGUCAGUUGCCACAUCUCUUUGCGAGGCGGAGUCAAAGGAGAAGCAAGUUUUCAUCCUGGAAUAUCGAAGUGGGCAUCAGCCGCAGUUGACAGGAAUCCCGCUUAAAAGCGUGCGGCGAUUUGUUAUGCGUGACGUUGCGCUUAAAGAUAUAGUAGGAUUAAAAGCUCAUGAUCGAGAGGCCAUAACGAAAUUUUUACAUCGGCAGGUAGAGACAAUGGUGCAAGAAGCGAUGGGCGAAAAGUGGACUUCUGGCACAAAUGAUGUAGAGAGGCUCAUACCGAAUUCAGAGCUUCCGCUCAUCAGACUUCGUGUAGACUACAGCUCAAGGGUAGAUGACGACUUGGACUAUCAGGUCGAGAAUCCAAGGAGAUUUAGCAAUAGGUUUGUGGGAAAAGUUGCGAAUACAAAUAAUGUCAUUCAGCUAUACAAAAGAAAGAAACAAUCAGCUAAAACAUCGAAAGAUGAGAUGGACAUUGAAUCAAUAGGCAGAGAUCGUGACGAUGAUCUAGGGGUACAGACUAUAGUACAGAGCCUAGUCAAAUCGAUGAAUUUAUCUUUAUUGCCCGAACUUGGGCUAAAUGAAGCAAUUGGCCGUUUUGUAGAAAAGGAUGAGAAAACUGCUCUAAAAGAUUACAUUGACAAGGAGGUCGAAAAUGAAAUCAAGCUGUUAGUUGCCAAUCAGCAGCUUUUGGAUGUUGAUAAUAUUCACGAUCUCAAAAGGCUGGUGAAGGAUGUCCGUUCUGCUAACAGCUUAGAUUCUAACAGCCGUAUUCUCUCAGAACAACGGAGUGCCGCUGCUCAACAUGCCACAUCCCUCCAUAACCGAGGCAACUACGGGCCUGGUAGAUCCGAAGAUCCAUCACAAACUUCAACUAACACACCCGCGAAGAGAAGCUUAAGGACCACCCACGCACACCAACCCCAGGAGCGUGUCCGGUCACAUUCAGUCGAAUCUGACGAAAGUGGCCGUGAAAUGUCACCACUUUACAUUGAUCAUGAAGAGUCCUCGCUGUCUAAAGGGCCUGGCAUCGACACAGUCGACCUUUCAGUUGACGACGGCAGCGCACGCGACAUUACUCAUGCUCCCCGAAAGAAGUCUAGAGGGGGCGCAAGAGGAAGGUCAUCCAGAACUCCCAAAACAGAUGUUUUGAAUAGUUUACUCGCCAGUAAAAAGCGAUGA